AGUGUUGAUCUUUGCAUGCCAGUGUGGGCGGCGAUAGUAACUUGGGACCGUCUCUCUUAUAAUAGAGCUUUCCUCUGAGCAACAACUCUCGUUUUACCUGCAAAAAUAACUUUGAUCAUGGCAGAGCAACAAGUUAUUGAUUCAGUCAGAGGAGACGAAGGGUUAAGCGAUGAGGAAUUAAAUGGAUUGCAGAAGGGGGAAGAUUCUGCUUCGAGCGAAGACCUUUCGGAAUCGGARAGCGAGGGAGAGACACAAAAUGGUGACCAGAGGAAUGGAAUUCCGGAGAAAUCUAAACUCCAAGACGAUSCUGUUGGACAAGACGAGGAAAAGGACCAACCUACGAUCAUAGAMAAGGGACAAGAUGAUGGUAAACGAAGCAGUGGAAGCAGCGAAUCAGGGACAGAUUCAGAAUCGGAAACAGAUAGCGACUCUUAYACAGAAUCAGAGAGUAGUGAUAGCGAAAGGGAACGUACAAAGAAAGGGAAACUAACCAAAGAAGAAAUGCCAAAGGUGGGAACAGCAGCAUCCUUCCGUUCAAGAUUCGAACAAAAAGCAGAAGAAAGCGCGCAAGUAAGGAGCUCAGAAAGAAAUGUCAAGGAAGAGGUUGAAGCAGGAAAGGCCCGUGCGCAUCGUAGAAUCUUUGAAGAAAAGAUGAAGGAGGAAGUACAGGUCAAGACCUCAUCUCCCAAGAUAGAAGUCGAUGGCGAAGCGGCAGAUCUCUCAGGCAGAGCUCGUACACAUCGUGAGCUCUUCGAGAAAAAAGCUGCCGAACAAGUCGCAGUUUCUCCAUCAAUGGGUCGGAAAUUUGACRUCGACUUCUCGGGCAAAGCGAAGUCCAAUCGACAAAUCUUCGAGCAGAAAGCUAAGGAAGAAUCUGUGUCGCCAUCCCCUAAAAGGAAAUUUGAUGUCGAAUUUUCUGUGAAGGCAAAGUCGCACAAAGCGAUAUUUGAGCAGAAGGCUGCCGAGGCGUCGGAGACGAAGGCAGCUGGGAGAAAAUUAUUGGACCUUAACGGAGAGGAGGAUGUUGCGGGAAGAGCACGGUCGCACCGACAGAUCUUUGAGCAAAAAAUUGCGGAAGAAAGUCAAACUAAAACAAGUGGAGGUCGUCUGGUUGAUGAAGAAGUUUCGCCCAAGAAGGGUUCUACUCUGUCAGCGGUGAACAUCUUUGAAGCUAAACAAAAGGAGGAGUUCAAAAAACCCGAAUCGGACUACCUUGAGGUGUUUAAGCAAGGRAAUACGAUGAAAGAUAAGGCUGAAAAGAAAUCGAAAAAGAAGAAGCACCAUAAGCAUCAUCACAAGGAUCAUGAUGACAAGGAACGCGAGCACAAAGAACAUCACCACAAAAGAAAAAGAUCAUCAAAGGCAUCAACCAGUGAAUCGAGUGCCACUGAGCAUCACGACGAAAUCCAUGUAGAGUCUACAGAAACAACAGAAUCUGCACCUCACGAUGACCAAGAUGGAAGAGAUCGAAGAGACGCGGAAUAUGAUUCUGAUGACGAAGCAGAGAAACGACGUUUGAAAGAAGAAGAAGAAAGAGAUAGACUUGAGGAGGAAGAGGACAGACUAGAAGAGGAGAGAGAACGAGCGGAGGCGAGGAGACGAGAAGAAGAAAGAGAGGAGGCAGAAAGAAAAGCAAGGGUAGAAGAGGAAGAAAGAAAACGAGAAGAAGAAAGAAAGGAACAAGAAAGAAAAGCUAAGGAGGAAGAAGAAAAGAAGAAGAAAAAAGAGGAGGAAAGUAAAAAGGAGUAUUCAGAUUCAGAUAAUUCAUGGAGAGCACGUAGAGAAAGACGAAGGCGCGAAGAAGAACGCAAAGAGAGAGAAAAGAAGGAAGAAGCUGAACGACAAGCAGCUAAAGAAGCUGAACUCAUAAAGAAAGGCGAAGAAGAAGCGAAACGAGCACUUGAAUCCGCAGUGUCCUCAAAGGARACUAACGAAGUUAUAACGACGACUACUUCAGUUACGACUGAAAGCGAGCCACCCAAAGAAAAAGCAGAGGAAGAAGAACCCCUCGACGAAGAAGCAAGACGCGAGAAAGCUCGACAAGAAAGAAUGGCAAAACGAGCAGAGAGACGAAGACAACGAGAAGCCGAAGAAUCCGGGACUAAAGAUGYUUCCGAUUCGAGCACUUCGAGGACAAGUUCAAGAAUAACCAGUGACGACUCCGAUAUGUCUUCUAGUAAGGACACAGAAGACGCCCAUAAAGAUUCCUUUGCUGCCCGGCGUGCAGAAAGACGAGCAAGGCUGGCGGAGAGAAAGAAAAGCGAACAGAAUGACAACGCAGGCGAAGAAGAAUCUCGUUCUUCAAGGAGAACAAGAACUGCCAGGUCUAAUCUAGGAAAACAAGACUCGACAACUUCUGAAGAAGAAACUCAGAAAUCGACGUACACGGCCACGGUUAAGUCUAGAUUUGAGCGAAAAUACAGCACUGAGAAAAAAGAGGACGGUUCAAGAAGUGAACAGACAUCAUCCAUGGACGAAAGUGAGAGAGACAGCCAACGUGGUGAGGAAGAGAUUAGCGGCAGACGUGGUUAUAGAUCUGGACGCUCUCGAGAUGACACAGAUCAUGCUGCACCAAGAACAGUAAAUAAUGAUAACAUCUUCCAAGCAUCCAAGAAUCGUUUGGCAAAGUACAAUGACAAGCCUAGUGAGAACAUAAGAGGUUCUGCUUCACCGCGCACUGGAAGGGCUUUCCAGGCACCAACACAAGAAAAAUGUGAGGUGUGCCAGAAAACUGUCUACCCCGUGGAAAGACUUGCAGCUGACAAAAAAGUCUAUCAUAAAUUCUGCUUCAAAUGCACAGAAUGCCGUCAGACUUUGAGGCUUGGAAACUUUGCCGCUCUACAAGGUACACUCUACUGCAAGCCUCACUUUAAACAGCUUUUCAAAAUGAAGGGCAACUAUGACGAGGGAUUUGGCCGUCAACAGCACAAGACCCAGUGGAACCAAAGGGUUAACGGUUCUGAUAAUAGUCCUGUURAAUCAAGCUAGUGCUCCUGACCAAUUCCAUGCACGCUUGCUCUUUGUUUCCAUUGAUUCCAUAACAAUGAAUAUUAGCUAAGAAGUCAUUCAGGUUUCUUGUCGCGAGCGAGCGAGGGACUUGAGUUAGCCACAGAAACUUAAUCUCAAAUUUUUGUUUAAAUUUCAAAAAAAUAUUUGAUGCCAUGUUUGGAAAAUUGAAUCGCUAACUGAACGAAUGUUACGAUAAAAAAGACUUUUGAUAUCUAGAUAAAUCACUGUACAAAACUUAUAAAUGAGUAUUAUGGAUCCUAUCCUUGGCGUAACUCGUGCCAUGUUGGAUGUUGCCAUCCAAGAUGGCAACCACUUCUUUGCUCAUUCCAUUUUUUCGCGAAUGUGCACUCCAAGAAAUUACAUUUUCAUAUAUACUUAAGUGAUCGAAAUGCUAAUCAUCUCCACUACAGAAAGGGAAAGCCUAGCGUUAUUGCUGAUCUAUCACAGCCAUGAUAAAAGAUAUAUUCUCCCUUUGAAUUUCCUAAAAUGUGAGAUGUUUUGAUACAAAAAUUACCAAAUAAAUUUAGCUAAAGGAAAUGCUCUCAAAAAUGUUAAUUUUUUCAUUAUAUUCCAAAUUAACCAUUUUUCAAAAAAAUAWUUUUUAUUUGUUCUGUGCAAAUUUCGUAUGAAUGAGGAUGCAAAAGCAGGAUGUCGUUUCAUUUCGGCCGCAUUAGAGCUCUGUCAUUGGAUAAGAAUUUGCGAAUUUUGAUUGGUUAAAAGGACGAGGUCUAAGAUUGCGAACAUGCAUCCCUGUCAAUAACAUUUGAUGUAAAAUGUAACGAUUUAUACGUAAAAUAAGUAGACGUGAGAUAAGAAUAUAAUUAAAGGAAUAUAGUAGUAAUUUAGUUUCAUUAAUGCUUUUGUAUAGAGAAUAAAACUUUUGUAUUACGGCA